AUGAGUAAUCAAAGAGUAAUAUACUCAGAAAUCAAGCUGACCAAAUACCUAAAGGGGCAGCAAAUCAAAACUGCAAGCAAAAAUAGCUCCAUUUCAGAUGCUGAGCAGGGAAUAACCUAUGCGGAAUUAACCCUGCAUAAUCCUUCUUGUGAUCUUCAAGGAAAUGACAAGAAUUCCCACUGUAAAGAUUUCCCAUCAUUUCCAGGGAGGCUCAUUUCUGGAAUCCUGGAAAUCAUCUGUAUUUUCUUGUUGGCCAGUGUAAUAACUGUGACAGUUAUAGAUCUUGAUCCCUAUAGUGAUUCAUCAUCUUUCAUAGGAGUUCAUUGCAAUAGUUGUCCAGAGACCUGGUUUAUAUAUUCCAACAAUUGUUAUUACAUUAGUGUUGAAAGGAAAACAUGGAAUGAGAGUUGGAUGGACUGUGCUUCUAAGAAAUCUAAUCUGCUUUAUAUAGAAAAUGAAGAUGAAAUGAAUUUCAUGAACUUAUUGAAUAUUUUGCCAUGGAUUGGAUUUAUUGACAAAUCAACUUCCUCCUCCAAACAGUUUUCAAUAAUUCCAGAAGGGGACAAGAGUUGUCCAUAUUUCAAUUUUUACAAAAACAAUCCUUCUGUUGUGUCCUGUGUAGAAUUAAAAAUAGUUGUUUGUAAGAGCCAGGCACUACUGUUGACCUAA